GAGCUAUUGGCCUGUCUCCACUGCAUUUUUUCUGCCAUCUCUGAACUAUUUCUACGCGCUCGUUUCUCGCUCCCUUUACUUCUCUUCUCUUUUUCCUCUCGGUCGACAGCAGACCAUGACAGACAUCUCAGAUGAUCAGGUCGAUGAGCUGCUGCGCAAGGCUGAGCAGCGUCUGAAAGAUGGCUCUGCUUCUGCUAUCGUCUCUUCCACAACCUCAAAUGCUGUAGUCGCUGGCGACGCCGCGACAACAAAAGAUGUCAAGCAGCAAAACUCUUCCAACAGCAGCAGCAAGAAAGAUGGCCUGACUGUUCGAGCACCACCUCAACCGCAAUUGGGACUCAAGGCCAAGGAAAAGUCUACCGCAGGCCCUGAGUGGUUCGAUCUCCCCAAGACGAACAUGACCCCCGAGUUCAAGCGAGAGUGGCAAGUCCUCCGCAUGAGAGGCAUCCUGGACCCCAAGCACCAGAAGAAGAACCUCCGCGCGAGCGCUCCUGAAUAUUCCCAGGUCGGCGAGAUCAUCGCCGGACCGACCGAGUUCUUCAGCGCGAGACUCACGCGCAAGGAGAGGAAGAAUACCCUCCUCGAGGAGGUCACACGGGAUCUUGACAGUCAUAAGUUCACCGACAAGUACGCUGGUAUCCAGAAGCAAAAGACCAGCGGAAAGAAAGCUUUCUACAAGAACGUUGUAGCGCAACGUCGUAAACGUAAUUAAAUAAUAAUAUUGUCAAACAA